GUUCUUGACGUUUGACAACUUUUGCACAGUAGCGUUACCGAGCUCCUAUGCCAUAUUGAAAUCUCAUGUCAUAUUUUGAAGAUUGAAGGAUCGAUUUCAGUUUAUUGGUUUUCACAGAUGAAGAUUGCUGUGAUUGGCCAGAGCCUUUUUGGGCAGGAAGUGUAUAAAGAGCUGAAGAACGACGGUCAUACUAUUGUUGGUGUGUUUACCAUACCUGACAAAGAUGGCAAAGCGGAUCCUCUAGGUGCCGAAGCAGAGAAGGAUGGUGUGCGCGUGUUUAAGUUCCCGCGCUGGCGGCUGAAGGGCAAGGCCAUUGAUGAGGUGGUGGAACUGUACAAGGCGGUGGGGGCGGAGCUCAACGUUCUGCCCUUCUGCUCCCAGUUCAUCCCCAUGGAGGUGAUGGACCACCCACAGCACGGCUCGAUCAUCUACCAUCCCUCACUGCUGCCCCGCCACAGAGGAGCAUCUGCCAUUAAUUGGACUCUCAUCCAUGGUGACAAAACGGGCGGGUUCACAGUGUUCUGGGCAGAUGAUGGACUAGACACUGGACCAAUCUUGUUGCAGAAAGAGUGUGAUGUAGAACCUGAUGACACUGUGAGCACCAUCUAUAAGCGCUUCCUUUUUCCCGAAGGAGUCAGAGGAAUGGUGGAGGCAGUCAGAUUAAUUGCAGCAGGUAAAGCUCCCAGAAUCAGGCAGCCAGAGGAGGGUGCCACCUAUGAGUGCAUUCAGAAAAAAGACAAUGCAAAGAUUGAUUGGAACCAGUCUGCUGAGGCCAUUCAUAACUGGAUCAGAGGAAAUGACAAAGUCCCUGGAGCCUGGGCAGAGGUUGAUGGAAAGAAUGUGACAUUCUAUGGCUCGGCGUUGGUGGAUGACGGGUCCACGGCGAAAGGUCAGCCUCUGGAGAUCCCCGGCGCAAGUCGACCAGGCCUGGUCACCAAAAAUGGCCUGCUUCUGUUUGGCAACGAUGGCAAGAUGUUGCUGAUAAAGAACCUGCAGUUUGAGGAUGGGAAAAUGAUUGCAGCUGCACAGUAUUUUAAUGCUGACUCCAGUACUUCAGUGGAGCUCACGGAGGAAGAGAAGAACUUCUCUGAGCAGAUAAGGGCUGUAUGGAAGAGUAUUCUGACAAAUGUUGAGUCAGUUGAGGACUCCACUGACUUCUUUAAGUCAGGUGCUGCCUCUAUGGAUGUUGUCAGGCUGGUGGAGGAGGUGAAGUUGCGGGCGAGUCACCUGCAGUUGCAGAACGAGGACGUUUACAUGGCUACGACCUUUCAGGAGUUCAUUCAGAUGUGCGUGAGGAAGCUGAGAGGCGAGGAUGCAGAAGAGCUCGUCGUCGACUACGUGGAGAUGAACAUCAACAACAUGACCGUGCAGAUGCCCCACCAGCUCUUUAUAGACGGAGAGUUUGUGGAUGCCGAGGGAGCAAAGACCUACAAGAGCAUUAACCCCACCAAUGGACAGCCGAUCUGCGACGUAUCUCUGGCUCAGCUCUCAGACGUGGAGAAGGCUGUGUCAGCUGCAAAAGAGGCAUUUGAGGACGGCGAAUGGGGCAAGAUGAACCCCAGAGACAGAGGCCGACUCAUCUACAAACUGGCCGAUCUCAUGGAGCAGCAUCAGGAGGAGUUGGCCACUAUUGAGGCUAUAGACUCUGGAGCUGUCUACACACUGGCCCUCAAAACCCACGUUGGCAUGUCCAUUCAGACCUUCAGAUACUUUGCUGGCUGGUGUGACAAGAUCCAGGGUUGCACCAUACCAAUUAACCAGGCUCGACCCAAUCGCAACCUAACCUUCACCAAGAAGGAACCAAUCGGGGUUUGUGGCAUUGUUAUCCCGUGGAACUAUCCCCUGAUGAUGCUGGCGUGGAAGACUGCUGCCUGCUUGGCGGCAGGGAACACUCUGGUCCUGAAACCUGCGCAGGUGACCCCUCUCACUGCUCUGAAGUUUGCUGAAUUGACAGCAAGGGCAGGGUUCCCCAGAGGUGUGGUUAACAUCCUGCCUGGAUCAGGUUCUCUGGUGGGCCAGCGACUGUCGGACCACCCUGACGUGCGUAAACUGGGCUUCACUGGCUCCACAGAGAUCGGCAAACAGAUCAUGAAGAGCUGUGCCAUCAGCAAUGUGAAGAAGGUCUCCCUGGAGCUGGGAGGCAAAUCUCCCCUCAUUAUUUUCAGUGACUGUGACCUGGACAAAGCGGUCAGAAUGGGAAUGAGCUCGGUGUUCUUCAACAAGGGUGAGAACUGCAUCGCUGCAGGCAGACUGUUCGUCGAAGAAUCUCUGCAUGAUACUUUUGUCCAAAGAGUGGUUGAAGAGGUGAAGAAGAUGAAGAUUGGUGACCCUCUGGAGCGCUCGACAGACCAUGGCCCCCAGAACCACAAAGCCCACCUGGAGAAGCUGCUGGAGUACUGCGAGAGAGGAAUGAAAGCGGGUGCCAAGCUCGUGUGUGGGGGAAAACAAGUCAACCGCCCAGGUUUUUUCUUUGAGCCCACUGUCUUCACCGAUGUGCAGGAUCACAUGUAUAUCGCAGUUGAGGAGUCAUUCGGUCCUGUCAUGAUCAUCUCCAAAUUUAAGGAAGGGGAUGUAGAUGGAGUGCUGCGGAGAGCCAACGCGACUGAGUACGGCCUGGCGUCUGGGGUAUUCACGCGAGACCUCAGCAGGGCGCUGUACGUGAGCGAAAGGCUCCAGGCGGGAACCGUGUUCAUCAACACCUACAACAAAACUGACGUCGCCUGCCCCUUCGGAGGCUUCAAGCAGUCUGGCUUCGGCAAGGAUCUGGGUCAAGAAGCUCUUAAUGAGUAUUUGAAGACUAAAGCAGUGACAAUAGAGUACUAACCCAGAUAAAACCCUAGUGAACUCUCACAGUGAACAGAGGGGGAUUUCACUGAUGGUCUGCUUGAACACUACUGAUAAAGAGACUUAGGAUGAAAUGUGCCUAUGGUUCUAUCUAAUCAAUGAAGAAAAUGAGAGCUCAAGUUGUAGCAAUGUAUCUGUUCAAUAAUGCCUUCAUUAUAAUUGAGCCUUUCAGACUACUGUUACUGGAUUUUUAUUAUUUUUUUCCACAAAUUUUAAUUAUGGUUUACAAAGAUUUCAUUUUUAAAAUAAAAAAAUUUAAAAUUGCAUGCAAAACAUUUUACAAUAGACCUACAGGUUUAUAUAUUGCACAUAUUGAUAUCAGUGUUUAGCAAAUUGUAUGGCAAUUGCUUUUUGUAAAUUCAGUAACAUUUCAGUCAUGUACCACAGAAAAGAAAUAAAGUCUAUCCAGUAUGUUCAGACUGGAUGGUUUUAUAGUA